AUGUCUUCUCUCCAAUCAGCUACUGCGCUGCUUCAACACGCGGGAUCCGCAACUUCCGGCGCUAGUAACGCCGUGGCCACUAGUAGCGCCGCGAUUCGCGCCGGGAAAACCGCUCACGAUUCGUCGAUCUCCUUGCGAUCCAGCUUCCUUCCUCGCCUCGAUUCGACGCUCACCACCACCACCUCCACCCCUUAUUCGCCACUCCCUUCCCCGUCCCUUAUCGCCGUCCGAUCGACAUCUGCGAGUGCGGCGGGACCCGCCGCAAUUUCCGGCGGCCAAUCACAGAACGGCGCCGUCCGGGAUCGAGUGAUAGCGAUUCCGGAUUUCGAGGCGGAUUUCGCGCCGGAGGUGAACGGGACGUACGGGAAGGGCGGCAGCGCCGAGGACGAUGCCGCCGCCAUACGCGGCGGAUUAAUCGACGAAGGCCUCGUGCACAGGGAGCGGUUCGUCAUCCGGUGCUACGAAGUCGGCGUUAAUCGAAAGGCCUCUAUGGAAACUAUUGCGAACCUACUGCAGGAAAUCGGGUGCAAUCACGCGCAGAGCGUGGGAUUCUCAAACGACGGUUUCGCCACCACGCCAGCGAUGCUCGCGAAUCGCCUCAUCUGGGUUACCACUCGCAUGCACAUCGAGAUGUACAAGUACCCCAAAUGGGGUGACGUGGUGGAGAUUGACACGUGGUUCCAGGAUGGCACCAUCAUGUCGCGCCGUGAUUGGAUCAUCCGAUUCGGCCACACGGGGGAGAUCAUCGGUCGGGGCACCAGCUCAUGGGCCAUGAUGAAUCGGGACACCAGGCGUCUCUCCAAGGUGCCUGCUGACGUGCGCGCCGAGCUUAUAGUGCACUGCCCCAACCCUGAAAGGUUCUCUAUUCCAAAGAGCACCGUAGCAAGAAUCCCCAAGCUCGACGAACCAGCAGACCACGUCCGGCCGUACCUCCGGCCAAGGCGCAGCGAUCUCGACAUGAAUCACCAUGUCAACAAUGUGACAUACAUCGCAUGGAUGCUUGAGAGCCUGCCCCAGUCCCUCCUGGGAUCAUCGGAAUUGGCUGAGAUCACCAUUGAGUAUCGCCAGGAGUGUGGGCAGGACGACGUGGUUGAAACCCUCGCCAAGGAGAUUGUUUCACCUGAUAUUUCACCUGAAGUUUCACCUGGGGAGGGUGCAGCUGGGAAGGUGGUGUCUGGUGCAGGUGCCACUGCUGCAGCUGCUUCUGUUGCUGCCUCUCUUGAUGCUGCCACUGCUGCUGCUGCUGGUAGCAGUGUUGGGAGAGUGAAUGGUACUGCUGUGUUGGAAGGGAAGAGUGGGAACGGGAGCCUUGUUGCUGCUGCUGGGGCUGAGGAGAUGGCGGAAGGGGGUGAGCAGCAGCAGAUGCAGCAGUUUUUGCACUUGUUGCGAUCACAGGAGUGUAAGAAGGAAAUCAACAAGGGGAGAACGAUCUGGAGGAAAAGGAGCCAAUCGGACCUGUAA